CAACGCGGAGGCAGCCACCAAACCAGUAUCGACAAGACGUCAAAACCCUAGACCGGCGACGCGUUCCCCUCUCUCGCCGCCGGAUUCCCCUCCGCCCGUGCGUCUCGCGGACGUCUUCGCGCUCGCCGGCUGCUGUUCUCGGUUCGCCCACCACCAGCAAUGUCUUCUCAGAUGAAUAACCGCAUCCAGUCCGCUGGAAAGCGCGCGCGCACAGACGGUAGCCGGCGUGAGGACGACUGGAUUUGCCCCAGCUGUAACAACGUCAACUUCGCAUUCCGCACCACCUGCAACAUGCGCAACUGCGACCAGUCCAGGCCCGCGGAUCACACGAAGGCUAUGCAGACUCCACCCCACUACUCGGUGCCGGGGCGGUACAUGCCGCCGGGGACGCCUCCGUCCAUGUACCUCACCGGGGCUCCUCCCCCGUAUGGCUCCAACCUCUAUAAUGGGCAUCCCAUGCCACGCUAUGGCAUUCCUCAGCUCCCUCCGGGCUCUGGAUAUCCGUAUGGCUAUGGCGGGCGAGUCCCGAUGGGGAGCCCCUAUGGGCCAAUGCAUAUGGCGGCACCACCCCCAUAUUCUAGUGGUUCUAUGGUUGGUGCAGGUGGAAUGUACAGCAUCAGCAUGCCCAUGGAUAGAUAUGGCUUGGGCUCACCCGCUGGUCCUGGGGCAAUGGGCACAAGGGCUGGUUCCUAUUCUGACGAAGGCUCACAGAAGAAAUCUGCUGGAGCUGGACGUGAUAAUGAUUGGAAGUGCCCUAAUUGCAACAACAUUAACUUCGCCUUUCGGACAGUCUGUAACAUGAGAAAAUGCAACACACCAAGACCUGACACCCAGGGAUCCAAACCUGACAGUUCAAGAGCUCCAAAACCAAAGACUCCAGAGGGUAGCUGGAAGUGUGAAAAGUGCAAUAACAUAAACUAUCCUUUCCGGACAAAAUGCAACCGUCCAAGUUGUGGGGAAGAAAAGCCAUUGCAGGCAAACAGUCCUGAUGAUCUGGCUACAGAUCAGGACAAUCAGUGAGUCCUAGAACAGUAAUGAGGUCAAGAAGGUUCAGCGUCGUCGUCAAGUUUCAGUCUGAAUGUCUGGGGUCCAUCUGUGUCCGUAGUCGCUGCUGUCGUUUCAAGUUUCUUCCUCUUGGGACCAUAUAGUUGAGUCACAGCCUCAUGGUAAACGUUGUGAAGUUGGCAACUGGAGUCAUGGCUUUUCAUAUCUCUACAGAUUUUGAUCAAGAUCAUCCAUUUGUUAAUACCCUCCUGAAAUUUGUUUGCUUGUCGUGGACACUGGACUCAGGGGAAAUUGCUAUUUGUUAUGAUGGAUUCUAGCUAUAUAUCUGUCUUAGAUGUCUUUCAUCUGCAGUGAAGUAUUACAUAGACUCCUUGAUUUUUCUCGAUUGGUUUUGUCCAAGUUAUGUUUGUGGUCUUCAGUUUUAACUCAUGUCCAGUUUGGGUA